GUCAGCGCUGCCGCGAGCCGCCUGCCUUGAGGCUGGGGACGGGACGGGACUCCCCCCUCACGAGCCAUCAGGCCCGGGAGCCGGGGCCGCGCUCUCUCCGCAGCCGGGUGCUGGGGCUCCCGGGGGCUCCUUGGUCCCCGCGGUUGGAAGAACAGCGACUGUCCGCAGUCGGGUUGCAGGAGCUCGGCGACGCCUUUCCCCUGGCGCUGUGGCGCGCUCCGGGGCUCAGGCUUAAACCCGAAACAGCUGGGGGUGCUGGUGCCCCACGUCCUGCGACAGGAGCGUCUGUCUGCCUCUGGUUCGCCCCUUCAUUGAGCAGACAAGGCGUUUCCCAGAGCCAAACAGGGAUUUUCUGCCUUUUAAAAUCGCUCUCUUCCCCCAGGCCUCUUAAAAUCAAACUUCUGUCUGAAUUAAUUUGAACUGCUGCUGUUAUGAUUAAUCUCUGACAUUACUAUAACUGAAAGGGUAGAGAAACGUUCUCUACUUUGUUCUGUUUUACUUUGUGCCUUUCAGGAUACUGUGUAUGCAUGGUAGUUAAUUUAACUCUUCCCUAUACAGUUGGUUUGGGCUAGCUCCCUAUUUGUCUGCAGCAUUUACACAGUAACAGGGUAGGGGAAAAGAAAAACACUUAAAAAUAGGAUAAUGUGAUUGGAAAACCAACAAAUGAUGAGAUUUCCAAGUAAGAAUUAUAUGCAACUGCAUAUAAUUCUUUAAAAAAAUGAAAUGGUAAAACUGUUUAUUGAAAGGGAUAGCUUUGGGAAAUUUGCAGUAAACAGGCUGUCUAAACAGCAAAGAACUUUAUUUAAAAUCAAACAAACAUCUGAGCCAUGCUUUCAGAAUUCUGCCCUCCUGCUAAUCUUUCUUUCUCCACAUAUAUUUGGGGAUAAUUUUGAACUCAAUUUUGACUUGGGUGGUCACAGAAUUUAAAUGAGUCUAGUCAUAACACAGCAUAGGCUGUUCCCUUCUGGAUUUAAAAUAAACCAUUAAAUAGGUGGUAUGCCAUCUGUAGCUAAGAGGUGAUUUUCUAGAAAAGUAUUGAAUACUACCGUUAUACACCUCUACCCCGAUAUAAUGCGACCCAAUAUAACAUGAAUUCUGAUAUAACAUGGUAAAGCAGUGCUCCGGGGGGGAGGGGGCUGCACACUCCGGCGGAUCAAAGCAAGUUCGAUAUAACACGGUUUCACCUAUAAUGCAGUAAGAUUUUUUGGCUCCCAAGGACAGCAUUAUAUCGGGGUAGAGGUGUAUUUGUUACUACUUGCUCUUGUGCAUUAGUUGCUUGUUGAGGCACAGACCAAGGCUUAGAAUGGGGGAAAAGCCUGUCUACAGUUCUUGUUUGUCUCCCCCUAUCCCCAAUAUUUACAGUAGGUUUAAAGUGAUACUAAUCUAAAUUAGACCUUUUGUGGUAUUUCUGAACUAUUCUGUCUUCUGUUUCUUGCAGAAACAGUCUUGGGGGAAAAAAAGACUUAGUCUACAAAUUCAAGCUUCUUUAGACAAGAUCCAUUAAAGCCAUCGGAAAGCAAAUGUCAUCAGAAAUGCCAGCAGAAAAUCCGUUACCCACAGACGUUCCUGAUAUGGAAGAAAAGAUUAAUUCAAAUGACAAUCAAGUCAAGAAAGGGGAGCCAGGAUCAGACAAGGCAGAGAGCAUUGGAGUUAUGUCAAAGAGGCAAAUGAAGAAGCUAAUGAAGCAGAAACAAUGGGAAGAGCAAAGAGAUUUACGCAGGCAGAGACGAAAAGAGAAACGCCAGAAAAGAAAACUGGAGCGUCAGUAUCAGUUGGAAUCUAACACUGAGGGGAGUGACAGGAAGCGUAUACGUAGGGAUGUUGUUCCUAGUACUCUUCGCCUUAUUAUAGACUGCAGUUUUGACAACUUGAUGGUAUUAAAGGAUGUCAAGAAGCUUCACAAGCAAAUUCAGAGAUGUUAUGCAGAAAACCGUAAAGCAUUACAUCCUGUACGGUUUUACUUGACCAGCCAUGGAGGCCAGUUGAAGAACAACAUGAAUGAAAAUGACAAAGGAUGGGUCAACUGGAAGGAUAUCCAUAUUUCAUCAGAGCAUUAUAAUGAGCUAAUAAAGAAGGAAGACCUUGUGUAUCUUACAUCAGACUCCCCUGAUGUGCUGAAUGAACUAGAUGAGACUAAAGCCUAUGUAAUUGGAGGUCUGGUGGAUCACAAUCACCACAAGGGGAUUACUUACAAAAAAGCACUAGAACACGGAAUUGUUCAUGCACAGCUUCCACUUGGAAAUUUUGUGAAAAUGAACAGCCGGAAAGUAUUGGCAGUUAAUCAUGUGUUUGAGAUAAUCCUCUCUUAUCUGGAGAAGAAAAACUGGAAGGAAGCAUUUUUCAGUGUCUUGCCACCACGGAAAGGGGCCAGUCCUCUGGGCGAAGCCAAUGACUCUUCCAAACAUGAGCUGCAUGAAAAAGAGGCUGGUGAAGAUAAUAGCUCGGACAGCGACUAGGCAACUCUGGAAGAGGGCAGGAAUGAAAAGUGCAUGUGGCACAAAGGAUAGAAAUAAGACAUGAGUUAGAUGAAACCUCUGAGAACAAUCUAUCUCACUAGCGGUGUUUGUUUAAGUGGCUAUACUUGGAAAGAAGUGGUAACACUUGGAAAGAGGUGGUAAACAUUAAUGUUAUUUUUACCUUGAAAAUACUUCAUUUUUGGAGCUUUUUAUAAAGUAAAUUAAUGGCAAAUGCAGAACAUAUUUUGUUAUGGAAGCUAAUAUUUAUUUUCCUUUUAAAAUAUUUUAUUUGAUACACACAGAACGGUUUUAUUUUAUUUUCCUGAAGCUUGUGAUGGAACCUAAUAAUUAAUGUGUUUUUAACUGUCCCUGUUUUGUGUAUGUACCCUUGAUAUUUUAUUAUUCUUCCCUAUCCACCUCUAUCUUGUAUUAUGUCUUAAAAGCAAUGAGUGUCAAAGGUUAAUUAAUCUGAAAGCUCCUUCCGGCAUUGCCUGUUGCAAAGUGUGUAUAACCUCUCACCAUCAGUGGGGUUUUUUCUGAGCAAAGAACGGUCUUAUAGUCUCUGAAAAAACAUUGGGAGCCAGGAACUCUGCUUUGGACACUUUAAAACCAUAAUUUUUUAAAAAACAUCAUCUGUCACAGCAGACCUGCCUAUAGAAUGAGUAACCUACUUCUCUGGCAGGGUUGUGAAUAUUUCAAAAAAAGUUACUCUUCUUGCCUCUUGAACUGAAGCUCUCUAUUCUAACUACAUUUUUAAAAUGCCAUUUCAGUACACCUGAAGCAGGCCAAAAGACAGCCUUGGAGGCAGAAGGUGCCCUUUCACACCUGUGAGGCCAUUCUCUCAUCCCUUUCUGCAGGGACUAUCCAGAAGGGAGCCAGUUGUAGUGUAGCUUUUGGGAUGUGGACAAACAAGUACCUACCGAGAGCAAGUCUGCAAUCAUCAAUAGACUCCCAAAGAGCAUUUGGAUGAUAGCAGCUUCUGGUCACUUGUGAUGUGGGCUGCUUUUGAACAGGUGAUAUAGAUAUGACUGGCUCUGUAUCCAGCUCCAGUCCUCCCUCCACUGUCAGCACUUUCAGACUGGGAAUUGAACUGAAAUAUGUGUAGAUGUACAUGUGGCCUAUAGUUUUACAUGGUUGGCAACAAGCAAAUUAUGAUUUGACAUGUUCAGUGUGAUCAUUUUUAUGCUUUUUUUAAUAAAAAUUAAUUUUGAGAACUCGUUAGGCAGCCAUCUGAUAAACUACAGUGAAGAUUCAUCUGCCUUAGGUCGUGGACAACAGUUUGUUGCUCAAAUAAAAUACUGUGGUGGGUUUAUUGUGUAGAUAUGCCACAGAGAAAUGUGUUACAUUUUGUCUCUGAACCUGGAGAAACUUUUGGACAAAAGCAUUGUCUUGUUUUGUUUGAAGAGCCAAAGAAAUGUAUAGCAUAAACAAAGUAAAGCACUUGCCAGUACCAGUUUCCUUUGUUACUAAACAAAUGUAUAAAAUAGCAAAGGUACAAAGUGUAAUUUUACAGUUGAGCUAUUGCAUACUGCUGCACAUAGUAUUGAUUAAAUCUGAUCUAAGCAUUUGAAGUUUCAGUUAAGAUUCUCUAAUUCUACCACAUGUCUUGUUUCCUUCUCAGAUUUGAGCACAUUAAAAUUAAAUGCUACAAUUUA